AUGCACUCUUUUGUGUUGCCACUCCUGGCGGUCGCCGGACUCGCAUCAGCCACACUUGCUACGGCCGAUACUACCUGCAAUGGACCUAACGCUCGCACCAUCCCUCCACCAGGAGCUAUCGUCGUCGACGUCACUGGCACUUUCAAUGGAAGCUACCAGACCAUGGCGGAGGGUAUGGCGUACCUGCCCAACACGACGGAGGAGCACACCAUUUUCAUUUUCCCCGGCCUCUACCAAGAACAAGUGCUGGUCCCAAACCUGGCUGGUCCAUUGGUGCUCCAGGGAUACACGUGCGACACGACGUCCUAUGCGGAAAACAAGGUCACAAUCACGCACACUAUGGCGCAGCGAGAUCUUCCUCCCGAGAUCAAGAAUAGCCGCAACGAUUUGAUCAGCACGAUGCGCCUCAAAUCGGGGAAAGGAGUAAGAAUGUACAACCUCAACGUCGCCAACCCAUCGGGUAAGAUUGAAAAACUCGGCCAGGCAGUGGCUGUCUACGUCGACAACACAGACUACGGGUUCUACGGCUGCAACUUCACCGGGUACCAAGAUACUUUGUGUGCACACAAGGGCCGUGAGCUCUACGCCCACUCGUACAUUAGCGGAGCUGUCGACUUUGUGUUUGGCAUGCAAGCAAAGGCCUGGUUCGAGUCAUGCGAUUUUGAGACCGUUGGAAAGGGCUGGAUUACAGCCAAUGGCAACACUAACAGCUCCAAUCUCUCUGAGUACGUCUUCAACAACGCUCGUGUGUUCAACACCAACGCUUCCAUGAACGGAACGACCUACCUUGGUCGCCCGUGGUACCCCUACGCUCGCGUCGUCUGGCAGAACAGUGAGCUUGGUGACGUUGUCAACCCGCUAGGAUGGUCGACUUGGAACAAAAAUAACAACAACACGGAAAACGUCUACUUCAAGGAGUUCAACAACAGUGGACCUGGCGCGGCUAUCGACCAGCGGGUUGCGUUUAGCGGUCAGCUUAACGCUUCUGUAAAGAUCACGGACCUUUUGGGAGAGGACUUUAAAACCGAGUGGUGGGUUGACACCAACUUUUUGUAA